AUGGUAUCGAGAGGUUUGCAUUUCAGGUCGGUAUUUUUGGAGUGUACAAUAUUCCAUAUAAGAUUAGCGCUAUCGCGUGAUAAGUGGAACGAUACCGAUCUGGACACAGUGAUCACUUUGUGGCGUUAUUUAGUGCAGGGUAUUUGUGAUCGUAUCGAGACAGGAUAUUAUGUGGAUCUCGCAAAUCGUUCAAACACCAAAAAUGGAAACUCGCCAUCAUUACUUAAGGAAAGAACAAUCGCAUUGCCUAGGCAAGCUUGCCGCGCAAACUCUCCACUAGGAUCACAUCUAGCAUUGAAUACCGUACGAUCGGAGCCGUCAUCUGGUUGUUUUCCGUUUUCGUUUUGGUCAUUAUGUCGUAGUAAAACCAGAAUCGAUAACGCUGCUUCGAAAAAGUGCCCGGACAAAUAA